AGAUUUAAAUCACGUGACAUGAACUACUUUAUCGUCUGCUCUUGUCGGCUGUGCCAGAAAUCGUUCGGUCUAUUCUGUAUUUGCUGAUUUUAUUUGAAAUAUGUAAAGCGACAUUGUAAGUGGUUAAAACAGCUGAAUGAUUAGUAGGCCUACCUACAACACUGCCAUACCAUGGACGUUCCAGUCAUUGACAAACUGAACAGCAGCCUUGAGGUGACUUCCAGAUUCUGCAUGCAAGACAUAUGGAAAUACGGAGCAGACAUGUUGGAAUAUGCCAUCAUGAUCUGUGCAAGAUUGAUAGCAGAAAUCAAAGAGAUCCUCUUGAACACUUGUAAUUCUACUGAAUGGGUGAAAGGUUUGGUGACAAGUGCCGAAGGUUUUCUGGAGAGAAACAAGAUCCCUCCUGAGGCAUUUGGUGCGCUUGCCUUGGCUGUGUUUGUAGCAGUGAUGUUCACUUUGUGUCUAAACAUUGGAGGCAGACAUGUUAGUUCCAGAGAUGCCGUAUCGCCAAGAUCAACAGAAGUAGUCUCAAUAUUUGAGCUUGCCAAGACAGCUUAUCGCCCGGGCCAUGCAGACCAAGUGAAGGGGCUUGUGAGCAAGCUUCAGUUUGACGUGAACUUCCCCGUUCCGAAGAGUGGAAUGACCCUCUUUCUGUGUGCUUGCAUCAGUGGCCAUAAGGAGCUCAUACAUUUCCUUUUGGAAAGAGGAGGAGAUGUAUCUGUAACCAACAGGGAUGGGGACACAUGCUUGUAUCUGGCCACAUUCGCAUGUGCAGGCUCAGCAAGCCAAGAUCUCAGUACUCUCCAGUUGCUCAUCUCGGCAGGUUGCGAUGUGAAUGCCCAGAACAGUAAGGGCAACACGGCACUACACUGGGCCGCCUUCAAGGGUGAUGUCAAAGUGACCAACCUACUUCUCAUCAACGGCGCUGAUGCUAAUAUCAGAAACAACAUCGGCAUGUACCCAAUCGGCAUGGCAACCAGUGCAGGGCAUCUGAGAGCUGGCAAACUGCUCAAGAUCAGCCUGCCCGAUCCCAGCACCCCGUGGGACAUGUUUGAACCCCAGACCCCCGUGUCCGUCCGACUGGGCCUGCUCAGCCCUCGCAAAGAUCACCUGGCUCUGUCUCCAAGACGCAGGAAGCGGCUGAAUCUGUCCUGUUGAAACCGGAUGGAGCCAGACUGAUGGUAUGUAUGUUCUUUGAAAUGCAAAGUACAGGAAUUUUACCAUCAACAGUUGACAGUAUCAUUUUUAUAAUCGAUUUCAAGUUAAUGAUAGUGUUCUACCCGUGUACCAUAGUCCAAGUCUCGAGUAAAAGCAUUGUGCCUGUGUUCCAUAGUCCCAAGUCUCAUGCAAUAGUUAAUAUCGGGGAAAUGAAAAACAAAACAUCUUAAAAUCCACGAGUAGUGAGUUUCACAAAUAGAGAGUAUAAACAAGAAAGCUUGCAUGUUAUAUAUUGCCAGUGUCAGGUUAAAGUAGUGACAGGAAAGUACAAGUGGCAAGGAAAAUUUAGCCCACAUCAAGAAAAGGCAAUGUUACUAUUUGUGUAAUUCUGUAUAAUUUGCUUCAAGUACACCAGUAACUUGUUUUCCCAUAAGUUAAAGGCAUUUAUUUGCUGCUCAAGAGUUUGAACGAAAUGAAACAGACCUUAUGAAGAAAAAAAACUGUACAAAGACUGUAUUUUAUGUUAUUUAUUCAAGUCUGUAAACAAAGACUUAAACUUUUGAAUUAUUUAAAUUAUAUUUAUUGACAUUUGUUUCAUCUGAAAUACUUGAUAUUUAUGCAUUUUUGUGG